AUGAAGACAGCCGUCGUUCUUGCUAUUAUCCCCUUCACACAGGCCCUCGUCGGUCUGAGCUGGAGCGUUUCCAACACUCCCUCCUAUGGUCUGAAGGACAUCACAUUUCCCAUCUCGAUGGCCAAUGCGCCUCAUGAGACAGGCUUCUAUUUCGCACAGCAAUUCUCCUUCAACGGUCUCUCUGAGGUCGGGUAUACCGGUCUGCAGCCCCGUCCCGAUGCCUCCGGUUCAAGCAUCGUCCACGCCGUUUUCUCCUCCUUCGUGGCCGGAACCACGAGCACCGACGAGAACUGCAGCGAUGGCGCAGACGGCGGUGCAGGUGUCAGCUGCGGUGUGGAAAUUUCAGCACCAUAUGCUCCACUCUAUGACCUCGUGGUCAAGAACACAGGCGGCACCACCUGGACGGCAACCCUGGUCGACACUGCGAGCGGCAAAUCGACACAUGUCGGGUCGUACACAUUGCCGAGUGGUGCUGGAGGAAUCAAAAGCAGCCAGGUUGGCUUCAUUGAGUAUUAUCCGUGGAACGCCGGGAGCCAUACCUGUGCCUCGCUCCCGUAUACCAAUGUGACGUUUGGAGCGCCUACGACGAACACUCCCGGGGCCGGAUUGGGUCAGUUGAACAAGCCAUACGAGUAUGGAGAUUGCGUUGGAAAGGUGAACUUUAAUGUUCGGACGACAGAUCAGGGAUAUCAGGUGUCUGUUGGCUUUUAG